AAACAUUUUUCCUAACCUAAAAUAUUGACAUUUUGACUGACAUAAACAUUGGAAAAUUGUUGAACAAAUUUGGAAAAAUUGUAUUUCUAUAAUUAUAGAAAUGUAUUAGUAAAUUCGAGAAAUAAAUAAAGACUAUAAUUAUGACUAUCGAUAGUUUGGAUAAUGACAACAUAAUAUUAGCAACGGGUGGAUAUGACCACACAAUAAAGUUAUGGCAAACUCACACUGGAAUUUGUACAAGAACCUUGCAACAUGCCGAAUCGCAAGUUAAUGCAUUAGAAAUCACACCCGACCGCCAGCAUCUAGCCGCAGCAAGUUACCAACACAUUUACAUGUAUGAUUUAACGUCCAACAAUCCGAACGCCAUAGUCAAUUAUGAAGGCACUUCCAAAAACGUUACAUGCGUAGGUUUUCAAGAAGAUGGCAAAUGGAUGUAUUCGGGCGGUGAGGACAGCAGAGCCAGAAUAUGGGAUCUGAGGUCGAGGAAUAAUCAGUGUCCUAAGAUAUUUGAAGUGCAGUCACCCAUAAAUUGCGUCGCUUUGCAUCCAAAUCAAGUUGAAUUGUUUGUAGGAGAUCAAAAUGGCAUUAUAUAUAGAUGGGAUCUUAGGACUGAUAAUAAUGAACAAUUGAUACCUGAAAAUGACGCAAUGAUUUUAGACGUAGAAAUAUCUCCUGACAGCCAGCUGAUGGCUUCCGUUAACAACAAGGGUAGAUGUUACAUCUGGAGUUUGAUUUCAGGUGUAAUAGACACGCCCACUAAAAUGAUACCCAAGCAGAAAUUCGAAGCACAUACGAGGCAUACGCUGAAAUGUAAAUUUAGUCCAGAUUCGAAUUUACUAGCUACUACAUCGGCUGAUACUACAGCAAGAAUAUGGAGUGCAGACCAUUUUACUUUAUUACAGGAGCUGAAGCAAACCGAAAGCCAGAGAUGGGUGUGGGACACAGCUUUCAGCGCUGAUGGACAAUACAUAUUUACAGCAUCAUCGGAUGGAAAUGCGAGAUUAUGGAACGUGAAAACUGGAGUUAUGGAACGAGAGUAUGCAGGACAUCAAAAAGCUGUUACAUCCUUGGCUUUCAGGGAUGCAUCUUAAUAUUUUAUUUAUAUUUAGAGGAUAAAUGGAAUAAUAAAACAUAACCAGCUAAGGAUAUUGUAUUGAUACGAUUUUGUACAUAGUUAUUUGUUAAAUAAAGUAUGAUAAUAAAAGUUAAAAAGGUAUUUUUAGCUUUUCAAAAGAAAAUUGUAAAUAAAUCACAGAAAAUGGCACAAAUAUUUUUACUUUGUUAAAUACUUAUCAUUUACAUAACUAUAUAAAACUCGUCAAAACAUGCCAUCAAUUAUUUCCAACAUAAUACAAAUGACUAACAAUAUACAUAAAGAAAAAUAAAAACUUUCUACUACAUAAAUUUUUGAUUAACUUGUUUCGGAUGUAAAGAGAUCAUAAAAUAAAUCACAAAAGAAUGACUAGAAGACAAAACCAAAUGUCAACAUAGAUACAAAUAAAAAAAUAUACAUAAUUUUAUAAAGGUACACAUUUUCGACAUACUUGUAUAACAAAUAUAAUAACAUUACAAAAAUUGUGGGCAAUUUCAACGUCCACAAAAAGGUUAGUGUUUUUUUAAGAAUAUAUUCUUGAAUGUUAACGUUUUUAAGCCUUUAAAUCGCUUUAACUUGUUAAUUAUUGAUUCUACGAAAAAAAUGGUUAUUACAAAAUGUGCUAAGAAUCUGAUACUCUGCAAAUUUUACUAAAGGUAUUUUUAUGUAGAUUUUACUAUUAAAAAUAUAUUUUGAAACAACCAAAAUUUAUCUUAAAAGAUUUUACCCAAAAAAUAGGAAAUAUAAUCUAAAAAAUGUUUUCAUUUUCAUUGUAGAACCCAUAAUGUUAGGAUAAAAAUCAAUAAAUAAGAAUGAUUUAACUAUGAUAACGUUUUACUUAUCAUUUUUUUUUUCAAUAUCUCAAUGUUUAAUUCAUAACUUAGGCAGCCUAUCGACUUCGCCCAUUUCCGUGAUGGUCUCGUCGUCCAUGGUGUAGCUAAUGAUAAAUUUUAAAGCAAUAUGUUGAGAUUCCGGAUUGGCUAUCAACAUUAUUUGCGUAAUAGCAGACGGGGGCAGGAACGGAUUGUAGGCUGGAAGAUCGGUGGAUGAAGGUGGUUGCAACUUCAAUUUGCAUC